CAGUGUCCUCGGUUUAAUAUAUCACGUGGGCGUGCAACUAUUCUCUUCUACAGAGUCGAACUGCAGUCUUCGCGUGACUGCCGUUCCGAUUCCUAUGCACCAACAAAAAUGAGAAGCUUCCUGUACGUCUGCUUGACGGUCCUCGCGGUUUCGUGCGAGGAGUACGCGGUGCCUUCGACCGACUGCAAAUUGAACACCGAUCCUUACUUGCAACUGAAAUGGCACCUGCUUUGCAACUACGAUGUAGACACCAGGCCGACCAACAAUCACAGGAACGCUACUCUCGUCACCGCUGCGUUGCAUCUGCAGAAUUUCUAUGUCGACGAGAUCACGAGCUCCGUCGAUUUUCACGUCUGGAUGGUACUGAUAUGGAACGAUACUUUUCUCACGUGGGAACCGCAGGAUUACGGAGAUAUCGGCAGGAUUCACAUAAAGAGCGAUGAAAUUUGGGUACCGGACAUUACGUUGCAAAGCGCGACGACCGAGGGCGUCGACAUGAGCAUGCCGAAGACGCAGUGUUUGGUGAUGUUUAACGGCGACGUGAUUUGCGUUCCACAAAUUACAUACGUGAUAUAUUGCGGAAGAGACGUCACUUGGUGGCCGUAUGAUUUAAUGAACUGUAGCAUACAGAUUUCUUCCUGGGCUCACUCCUCGGAGGACAUUUAUAUGGAGACCUCGGCAAAAGGCGAAGAAUCAUUCGAGUCGUCAGCAAAUCAUUCCGAAUGGGAAAUUGUGGGCAUCACCGAGUACUAUUUCGACUCGGAGACAAAGUUUGGCUUCGAUGGUACCACUAAAUUGCUGUCGUACAACUUUCUUCUCAAAAGACGGGCCACCGUCGAUGGUGCAACUCUUUCUACUUUCAUAAUAGCAAUGAUGACGACGACGCUGUUGGUGCUUUGGUUGGAGCCGAAAUGCAGCGAGCGUAUGAUACUAGCGAACAUGAAUUUCGUUUUUCAUUUACUGUCCUUGUUGGACAUAACUUGGACCAUGCCCAAUACCGGAGGUCGACAUCCGAAAAUAUUUCUUCUGUAUGAAAACUCCUUUGUCUUGGCCACGUUCUCGCUGGUUCUAACAAUGAUCCUGCGACACAUGCAAGAGAUCACCGUCACAGCACCUACAUGGAUGUCGUCCGGCGUCACGACCAUUUUGAAAAGCAGAGUUGGCCAGAUAUUUCUGGUAAACAUUUCCGAUCCAAAAUUGUCCGCUCAAAUCGUAUCGGAUAGCGACGAUAGUACUAAUCUUGUGUCCUUCGAUAAAGUAGAUUUGACUUGGAGAUACAUGUCCAUUGUGCUCGGAUGGCUCGCAUUUAUCGUUGUUUUACUCGUUUAUAUAAUACUCUUCAUCGUUCGUUUUCCAACGAACUCGUCCGCGUUUCCUGUUGUAUGAAGUAUACCAAUUACAUAGAAAGUUACACAUUUACCAGAUACUCUAGCAGAAAAAUGAUUAUACCAGUAAAAUGAGAACUAAUGAGAAAUUAUGUUCAAUAAACAUUUCCCCGUGUUAGUUUUUUUAUAAAUACAUUUAUUUUGAAAAAA